UGCCACACCAACCGGAACGGCCGGUGUCCAACGCGCGUGGACAGCAAUCUCGAGGGCUUGCUCGGGGUCGGCUUGGACUAGAGCGCGCGCGAUAGUAGCGGAUGAUGAAGUACUUGAAAACUAAUUCCAAGUUGGUAUAAAAACUUCUGACCUUCCCGAAGCCGGCAGACAGUUCCAUCCUUACAGUAGACACUAACAGCUCGUGUGGAGCAAAACUCAAGACAAGCCACUCAUCAUGAAAGCGUUCCCCGUGGCGGUUGCCCUGUUCCUGGGAGUUCUGAGCAUCACGCAAGCACAACGCGAAACCUCCCUGCGGGUCAUCGAUGCUUUGCGCGAGCUUCAUCCCGCCUACAAGGAACUGCGUGAUGUGGUAGUGAAUGCGGUGGCCAGUGCGAAACUCAACAGCUCCGAGGUGGUGUACAAGUUCAACGUGGACAUUGCAUCACGCAAAGAAUCGUUCAUGCAGACUGCCAUCAAGUCGGAAGCGAACGUGCUGCGCCAGGUGGACGGACAGCCCACCAGCGUCGAUACGAGCUGUCUCGGGUUCCUUCGCCAAAGUGUGGACGUUAACAUGAACCUGGCCGGUGUUUCGUUCACAAACUGUUUGAACAACGUAGAUGCGUCGCUCUCGUCGGAAAUCGUCCGUGUGUACAACGAGCUGCAGGUUAACGAAACGUCCUUCGUGAAUCUGAGCGUGUACGAUGUGUUCCGCGGCCAGAAUGUUUUCGUUAACCCGCAAACGAUCGUCGAUCGGUUGGUGGAGAAGCUGUCCUCAGUGCAGCAAGCUCCAGCCGAGCUGACGCAAGAGCUUUCCCAGCUGGUGGAUGCGUUCGAGGGACGUCUCGGUGACGUGCGUGCCGCGUACACAAGCUGUUUGACGAUGAACGAUCAACUGUUGCAGACCACCCUGCAAACGGUACUGCAGCAGCUGCAACAGAUCUGUCUAGGAGCGCUGCUACCGGCCGCGUCCACGGAAGAACCGACGGAAGGUACGGAAGAACCCGUUCCAACUGAUCCGGCCACAGAACCAGCUACGGAGGUACCGACCGAAUCGGAAGCACCGCCAGCAGAAGUGGAAGAGACCGAGGUUCCGAGUGAACCGCAACCGGAACCGUCGACCCCAGGAGCGGCCUAUGGCAUGGUGUUGUAAGCGAUGGAGACGUUACUGAGUGCAGCGCAACCAAGUGCCAAUAAAGAUGAGCUUUUUAUUUAAACAAA